GACUGGCCACAAAGAUUAUGGUGCCAAGUCGUCUCGGCAGUCACUCAGAUCACUUACAGUAUUAUCAUACCAACACGCCAACCACACCACAAGACCCAACACCAUGUUGGCAAACACCAAUUCACGCCACCUCGUAGGGCUGUUCCUUGCAGCCCUGGCCAGUCAGGCCGGUGCCGAGGAUGGUGGAUCCUGGAAACCGGACAAGCCGAUCAUGCUCCGCCAGUCCGGGGGCUUUACCAUCGGCGGCAAGAUCAUCCCGAACCCACGGAAUCCCAACAUGACCCUUUCAUGUGACCACGGCUACGUCGAGUACUUCACGCCAUGGAAACCCCGCAAGGCGAGCAUCGUUAUGUGGCACAGCUCGGGCACCCAGAGCUUCCAAAACCGCUGGGACGGUGGCGAGGGCUUCAAAGACAAGUUCCUGCGCCGCGAUUACCCCGUCUACCUCUGGGACGGACCACGCGUUGGACGUGCCAACUGGGCUUGCGAUGCAACCACCUACGAGCCAAACUACAGAGACCAGGGCAAUUUUGUGGCGUGGAACUUUGGCCCGCGGUUCGACGAGUGGUGGCCGGACGUGCAGUUCCCGACGUCGAAUGAGUACGCCUGGCAGCAGGCCACGAGCUCCCGGUACGUCGAGUACGACUCGGAGUUCAGCUACAAUCUGGAGACGGAUGCCGCCGCCAUCGCCGCCGACUCGGGCAAGCUCGGCAAGGACAUCGUCUUCCUCGGCAACUCGGCGAGCGGCCUGCGCGCCCAGCUGACGGCCGUCAAGAGCAACACCACGAAUAUCAAGGGUAUUGUCUGCUACGAGGGCUACGGCUACAUUUUUCCCGACAAUGCCGGCAUCGAACCAGGGCCCGGGCUCAACGCCUUUGGCCCGGUCGUGGUCCCGCUUGAGGAUUUCAAGAAGCUGGCCAAGGUCCCGUCGAUCCAGUUCUUGUGGGGAGAUCAUCGGGACGAGAGCUUUGUGUUCCUCAACCAGUCGAGGCAGGCGGCGGAGUUGAUCAACAAGUACGGCGGAAAUGCCCAGGUGAUCAAGUUGGGAGAGGAUCUGGGUUGGAAGGGGACCACCCACAUCGCCUUUGCGGAUAUGCACAACGACAAGGUUGCCGAUCUCUUGGACGACUUUUUGCAUAAGGCCAAGCUAUCCCGUUAUCAGUAGGAGGGUGGAGGUCCAUUUGUUCUUCUUCGAUUUUUUAUUUGAUCGAAACUAUUUCGCAGGACAAAACUGGGUGUGAAAACUGUCUUCU